AUGUCCGGGCGCUGGCUCUUCUGCGUCCACACAGUGAUCCACUGUAGGUGUGCCAAGUGUUUCUGUUAUCCUACAAAGCGGAGAAUAAGAAGAAGGCCCAGAAACUUAACCCUCUUGAGUCUCCCAGAAGACGUGCUCUUUCACAUCCUGAAAUGGCUCUCUGUUGGGGACAUCCUUGCCGUUCGAUCUGUGCACUCCCACCUGAAGUACCUGGUGGACAACCAUGCCAGCGUGUGGGCAUGUGCCAGCUUUCAAGAGCUGUGGCCUUCUCCAAGGAACCUGAAGCUCUUUGAAAGGGCUGCUGAAAAGGGAAAUUUUGAAGCUGCUGUGAAGCUAGGCAUUGCGUACCUCUACAAUGAAGGCUUGUCUGUGUCUGAUGAGGCCCGCGCAGAAGUGAAUGGCCUGAAAGCCUCUCGCUACUUUAGUCUCGCUGAGCGACUGAAUGUCAGUGCUGCGCCUUUCAUUUGGCUCUUCAUCCGUCCUCCGUGGUCAGUGUCUGGAAGCUGCUGCAAGGCCGUGGUUCACGAGAGCCUCAGGGCAGAGUGCCAGCUGCAAAGAACUCACAGAGCGUCCAUACUGCACUGCUUGGGGAGAGUACUGAAUCUUUUUGAGGAUGAAGAGAAAAAGAAGCAGGCUCGUGAACUGUUUGAAGAGUCUGCUAAUCAGGGAUGUUUGACCAGCUCGUACCUCCUCUGGGAAAGUGACAGAAUGACGGAUAUGUCUGAUCCUGGACGGUGCCUCCACAACUUCCGGAAACUCAGGGACUAUGCUGCCAAAGGCUGCUGGGAAGCCCAGCUGUCUUUAGCCAAAGCCUGUGCAAAUGGAAACCAGCUUGGACUAGAAGUGAAAGCAUCCAAUGAGAUAGUCUGCCAGCUCUUUCAGGCUUCCCAUGCUGCUAAUAAGCAGAAGGUCUUUUCUGUGCAGAAGGGACUCAACGACACGAUGAGGUACAUUCUAAUCGACUGGCUGGUAGAAGUUGCUACCAUGAAGGACUUCACAAGCCUAUGCCUUCACCUGACAGUGGAGUGUGUGGACCGAUACCUACGGAGGAGGCUGGUGCCCCGGUACAGGCUCCAGCUGCUGGGCAUUGCCUGCAUGGUCAUCUGCACUCGGUUCAUCAACAAAGAGAUCUUGACAAUCCGGGAAGCCGUGUGGCUCACAGACAAUACGUACAAGUAUGAGGACCUGGUGAGGAUGAUGGGAGAGAUCAUUUCUGCCCUGGAAGGGAAGAUUCGAGUCCCUACUGUGGUUGAUUACAAGGACAUCUUGCUGACGCUGAUCCCUAUGCCACCAAGAACCCAGCACCUGUGCAGCUUCCUCUGCGAGCUCUCCCUACUGCACACCAGCCUGGCCGCCUACUCCCCAGCACGCCUGGCCGCAGCCGCCCUGCUGCUAGCAAGGUUGACACAUGGGCAAACACAGCCCUGGAGCACUCGACUGUGGGACCUCACUGGCUUCUCCUGUGAAGACCUCAUACCCUGUGUCUUGAGUCUUCACCAAAAGUGCUUCCAUGAUGACGUCCCCAAGGACUAUAGACAAGUCUCUCUGACUGCCGUGAAACAGCGAUUUGAGGACAAGCGUUACCAAGAGAUCAGCCAGGAAGAGGUGCUGAGCUACAGCCAGGUGUGCGCAGCUCUAGGAGUGAAACAAGAGAGCCCGGAACCCACGUCUUUCCUCAGCUCAGGGGACAUUCACACCUUCCUUAGCUCUCCUUCCGCAAGGAAAACCAAGAGGAAGCGAGAGAACAGCCUCCAGGAGGACAGGGGUAGCUUCGUCACCACCCCUACCGCAGAGCUGUCCAGCCAGGAAGAGACGCUACUGGGCAGCUUCCUGGACUGGAACCUGGACUACUGCUCUGGCUACGAGGGCGACCAGGAGAGCGAGGGCGAGAAGGAAGGUGAUGUGACGGCUCCCAGCGGCGUCCUUGAUGUCACUGUGGUGUACCUCAAUCCAGAACAGCACUGCGGCCAGGAAUCUAGCGAUGAGGAGGCCUGCCUGGAGGACAAGGGAUGCCAGGACCUGCACGCCAUGGUGCCAAGCACCCAGACACCUCUGGCCCUAGGGCCCAAGCCCCCUCUCUGUGGCAGCAGGGAACUGGGCAAGGACAUUACAACCUCAGGGUACUCCUCCGUCAGCAGCGUGAGUCCUACAAACUCUGUGAAUGGCGGCCCUCCCCAAUCUACCUCAGCACAUUCCCCAGGCAGUGACUUGAGCACACUGCAUUGCCAUCAUCAUGCCAGGAAGUCGUGUUUACAGUGUCGUCCCUCAAGUUCCCCAGAGAGCAGUGUUCCCCGGCAAGAGGUGAAAAGGAAAAACCUAUCUGCCCCCAGCAAGGAGGAGCAGGACACGAACUUGGGCUUCCUGGAGCUGUGAGUGUGUUAGUGUUUGCUGCAGUGAAUGUUCGCAGAGAGAGAGCUGCUGCUGCACUAGAAGUGGGAGCACUGGAGAUGAAUGAUGUGUAGACCCCAGUGGCCUCAAAUGGGGAACAGAGAACUUAGGAAGGGCACUGAGUGUCUUUCACCAGGCGAGUCCCAUUCCAGCUAUCAGAAUGUCUAAAUCAGAACAAAAACUCCGAUCCUUCUCUUUGAAAAGUUUAACCUCAAAGCAACACUGUGUGAAGCCUAUUUCUCUGUGUUCUCCUGUGUCUGUCCUGCUUUCUCUUUGGGAAGCUUAAGCCCAUGGCCUGACAACCCCAGCCCCACUGAACCCUCAUCACAGUAGCGACAGCUUUCACAAUUGAGAACACGUGAUCCAGGUAGCCUGGCACAGCUUCUCCACUCCCUCCAUCUAUCUGGUUUUAGGUUCUAGGGGGAGCUGAGAGCUUUGAGUACAGGUCUGUCGCUGUGCCCACCUCACCCUGCCCAGGUUAUCUACUCCCUCACAGGGCAGUGGGCCCCGUGGUGAGGGAGCCCUGCCCUUUUCAUUGUCGGACUACAUGUGAUGACCAGACAUGAAGGCCCUGACUUUUUGCAGGACAGGACCUUGAUGUCUUGGUCAUAGGCUCCCUCCCAGCUCAUUUUAGAAAUCUGUCCCUCCUCCCAGAGUGAUUUGUCUGUGUCCCCAACAGAUAGUCUCCAUAUGGACAUCUCUUGCUGUGCUGAAUUUCUGGGCCAUUUCUUUUUAAAUAGAAGGUAUUAAAUUUUUAAAAACAAGGGAUUCUUAACAUUAUUUAGACACAGCUAAAGAUAAUCUGAUUCAAACCCCUCAAAGCUAUCCUGAUACUGUUUAUGCAAAAAGAAUUUUCCUAAAGAGGUUAGCCAGGGGGAAAAAAAACAUCAUUUGUAACAUCUGAAGUGACCCAGAUGCAGAAGAGCAAGAUUGAGAAGAACUGUCCCUGCCUACCGGGCGAGGAUGGGUCUGCUGUGGGUUCCUGAGAAUAACUAGCCGAGACACUUGGGGCAGCAGCCAAAACACCUGAGAGAUCUGCCCAAGAGCAGUGACCCUGACCUCUCCGCAGUUGGGUUGACCACUGACACUCGCCAUGCUGUGAUAACUUGUUUCUUCUCCAAAUGUCAGAAAGAACCACUUGACUGGGAGUGUCCCCCAAAUGCUCUUGAACCAGAAUUACAAUGCCUGUGUGUGUGUGUGGUGUGUAUCUAUGUCUUUUCUACUGUAAGAGAAUUUUGCAACUGUGUGCCCCUGGGCAUGUGUGAGCCUGUUUCUUCGCCUGUAAGAUGGGGCAAUAUCUACCUCACAGGCCUGUUGUGAGGAUUAAACGUGAUGAUGACAGUGGAA